AUUUUUUUUAACUUUUAGUGGGGCCCUUCCCUUUGCUCUUUUUAUUCUCCAAAACCAAACAACUUUCUCCUCAAUUUCCUCUUUCAUCUUCUUUCUCCUUCCUCUGUUUAUUUUUGGCUUUCAAUUUUCAAUUUUUGAUAUUUCUCUGAACUUUUAGUAACAAUGGUGACUGAAGGUACAGAGAAACCCACCAUUAUUUUCACCUACGGAACACUCAAAAGAGGAUUUUCAAAUCACGUUCUCUUACAAGACAUGAUAGCCGCCGGCGAUGCCUCUUUCCUCGGCGUUUACCACACCGUCGAUCGUCUCCCUCUCGUUUGCGGUCCUUACCGUGUUCCCUUUCUCCUGAAUUUCCCCGGCUCCGGCGAACACGUCCGCGGCGAAGUUUACGCCGUUUCCGCUCGUGGAUUAAUCCGUAUGGAUGAAUUAGAAGGAAUCACCCGAUCCCAUUACGAGAGACUUCCAAUCGAAAUCCGAUCUGAAUCAGAAUCGGAAUCGGAGAAGACAAUGGAGGUGGAAGCGUAUUAUGCACACAGAAACUACGCGGAGGCGUUGUGGAAGAGAAACGGAGAAAAAGGUUUCCGAUGUUAUACAGAGAAAGAGGCAAAAGGGUAUGUGAAGCGUAAAGAUAGGCCACAGCAUUUAACAUUUUUGGAACAAAUUGGGAUUUUCAUUUCUUCUAACCCUAAUUCUUGUGGUUGCAACAAAAAUCUUCAUGUUCCUUCUCUUCCAAGUCAAUGUUGUUAAUCAUUCCAAAUUUGGGAUUUGAUUUUUGUAAGUUUAUAAUUAAAAAAAAAUUAGGAACAUGUUAUGAUGAUUAAUUAAAAGGGUUAAAAUGAUGUGCUGCUGAAAAUAAGUUUAUUGUUAUUAAUUAUUAGAUCAUACAUGUUGAUGCUGAAUGUUUGACAGAGUUGUUUUUUCUGAUUUGAUCUUAUUUGCUGCAUAUGAAACUACCAGUUUUAUGGAAAUGGAAUUGUUCUUCUUUCCCUCGA